CAAUGCGAUCAGCCACAGAGGGAGACUCUCAGAAUCAUCAUCAUUCUCCAAACCCUAGUUUCCCUACGAAAUGGCGACGGAGAUCUCCUUGGAUCUGAUCAACCAACUUAACCUCUCGCUUCGUAAGAACGCCAAGCUCUCCUCUCUCGAUUCCUCUUCCCUCAGCCUUCCCACAGCUCCGGAGGCGAUCGCGGAGCUCGAUCCUUCACCUCCUUACCUCCGUUGCCGGAACUGCAAAGGCAAGCUUCUGCGAGGGAUCGAGUCUCUGAUCUGCGUCUUCUGCGGCGAGCAGCAGCGGACGAGCGAUAAUGCUCCUGAUCCGAUCAAGCUCACCUCCACUUCCGCUUACAAAUGGUUUCUCACCUCUCUUGAUCUAGACGGAUCGGAGAUGGUGGAGGCGAUAAAGGAAACGAGUGGAUCGAGCAGAGGAGGUAAGGUGCCUGUUGUAAAAGGAGUUGCUUUGUCUGAGUUUCUUGAUUUGGAAGUACAAUGGUGUGCAAGAGAAGAAAUGAGUGAUGGAGUAUCUGUGCAGAAGAAAAGCCCUCUGAAUAUGGGAGGAAUCAGUCUUGAUGAUUAUUUCGUUGAAGAAAGAGAGGAGCUUUCUAAAGUGGAUACAGCAGAGAGCAAAGCUGUGGAGGAUGAUGAUUUUAAGGAUCCACGUAGUCUUAGCUUGUUUGAUAGUGUCAAGAGCCAAGGAGUUGUUGAAUCACAGCAGAGUGAGAAUGUUGGUUUGGUUAAGGGAAAUGAUGCGAAGAAGAAUGAGAGUCUUAGUUUGUUUGCGGGACGAGAUGGGCAGGAUAGUGUUUCUUUAGCAGAGCAGGGCAACUUUGGGUUCUUUGAGGGGAAGGAUUCCGAGCACUCUUUUAAAGAGGAUGAAAACCUUAGUCUGUUUGAUGGGAAAGCUGCUCCGGGAACUAGUUCUUCUAUAAAAGAUGAUAGUUUUGGAUUCUUUGGGAGUAGCGAUGCUCAGAGAACAAGUUCUUCUAAAGAAGAUGAGAGUUUUGGUUUCUUUGAGGGCAAAGAUGCUCAGAGAAAUAGUGCUUCGAAAGAGGAUGGUAAUCUUGGUUUGUUUGAGGGUAAAGAUGAUCAGAGAAACAGUUCUUCUAAAGAGGAUGAAAGCUUUGGUUUGUUUGAGGGAGCACCAUCAUCAGAUGACAAGGUUGUUGCCUCUUCUUCUGAUUGGGAUUCUGACUUUCAAUCUGUCUCCCAGGAAAAGAUAAGUAGUGAUCCGUUUGUAAGUUCUCCGGCUGAUUUGUCUGCUCAUAUGGACUCUGUCUUUGGUUCCGGAAAACAAGCAGAUUCUUCAACUGCUUAUGUUUCCAAAGCUGGUGAUUGGCUGCAAGAUGAUUUGUUUGGCAAUGUUACUGGCAAGUCUCAAAACAACGAUAAAAAUGAGGGACAAGUUUUGGGCGGGAAUGGGAGUUCAUCCAUGGAUAUUGAUUGGAUUGGAGAUGAUCUGUGGCAAACCAGUGAAAAGAAAGCUAUUGAGAAGACACCUACGAAUGAUGAUGACGAUGACUGGAAUGAUUUUGCAAGCUCAGCUAACUCCAAGACUCCUAGUAAUCUGCUUUCCAGAACCAUGGAAAGAUCCCAAGAAGAUAUAUUUGAUGGGAUGUCACAUGUUAAAGAACAGAGCGAAUAUGAGAAGCAGAAUACUGCUACAAGCAUGAUAUCUGACAUAGCCAAAGGUCAAGAAGAUGAUGAUCUCUUUGGAACUUGGGAUAGUUUCGCAUCCUCAACCGUUUUGCAGACACCUGUGCAGCCUCCCACAAACCAUGUGAAUCAAUCUGCUGAGCAGAAUCAGGGGAUGAACUUGUUCGGUGAAAGUAACCAGCAGAGCGACCUUGAUUCUGGUUUGUUUUCGGAAAGUAUUGGAGGCCAAACCUACUCAGAGGAAGUCAAAGCCAUGCCUUCCGGAACCUUAACCUCAGAGAGAACGGGUGAUCCUGAUGGUCAAGAUCAAGUAACAACAGUAUCCCGCAAGUCAAAGAGUGAUGUUGCGGAGGAGUUGAUGUCACAGAUGCAUGAUCUCUCGUUUAUGCUCGAGACCAAGCUCUCCGUGCCUCCAAUCUCAAAGGCAGAGUAAUAUUAUGACAUUGUACUAUCUUUCUUUCUUUCGCCUCCUGUUUUUUCUUGGAGGCUCGAAGAUUGUUUGUAAUCACGUUUGUAUUUCAUUUUCAAUAAAUUCAAAGAUCCAACUUGUUUGCAUUGUA